UCAGUAAAUGGGCACAGAAUUUAGGUACAGAAUUAUGGGAAUUGGCAAACGCCGUAGCACGUCCCGAAGAAUUAUUAACAACUAUUUUCGUCGUGCGUUCGUGCACGAUGACGAUUUCUUUGAUGAGGGGAUGAGGACACACUCGAGAUACAGGGUUGGAUUCUAAGAUAUUUCAUAUCGACCUAUGAUAACCUAUGAUAAAUCUUUCAUGUAUUACUCUUAAGAUAAUUGUUGUCAUCGCUGUUUCAUUAAAUUCAUACGAAUAAAAUAGGAUAGGUCCUUUGUUUUAUUUGUUAAAGUGACAUCUAUUAUAAAAUUUUGUAAUUUUAACGAUGAAAUAUAUAACGUUUUAUUGGAAGUACGAAGACUGACGUCAUAUUUGGAGAAUUGCACACGUAGCUUGUAAGCUUUGCCUGCGAGUAUAGAUGCCACUUGUGUGACGUUUUAACGAAGAUAUAAUACUUUACUCAAAAAUAAUAUAUAUACAAAAACAUGAAUACAAUAGUACAAGAUAAAUCUGGUGACGAACUAGUCAAUAUAAUAAGCGAAAACGUUGGACGAAUGUUACGUAGAAAAAUGGAUGCUGUUACUUGUAUUCGUAUUGCGGCCGAAUCGAAUAGCGAAAAUAAUUCUUCCGAAUCGGAAGAAUAUAAUAGUAAUUUCACUUAUUUUUCGGGGAAAUAUAGUCAGGUAAUCGGCGAAUCACCGUCCGAGAUUCCUGAUAAUAUGUUGAAGAACAAAAAUAUAUACAGACAAAUGAAGUUAACACCAGACUCACAUUUUUAUAAUAUUCCUGUAAAUACGAGCCAUUCGUCGGUACAUAUACCGACCAACGUUUAUGAUCUAACACCAGCUGUAAUGGAGGAUAUAAAGAGAACGGAAAUUUUAGAUGAAACGUUCCGACAGAAUUAUGAGUCAGAUCCUGCUUUAUCUUGGCAAUACUUUGGUUCUGUUACGGGAAUGUUAAGACAUUAUCCAUCGAUGCAAUGGAGAACCGACAAUCCAGACUCAGAUGACGGUGGUGUAGAUCUUUACGAUUGCAGAGUACGUAGUUGGUUUAUCGAGGCUGCAACUUGUACCAAAGAUAUGGUCAUCUUGAUAGAUACAAGUGGUAGUAUGACUGGUAUGGGAUUGACUAUAGCUAGAGCUACGGUGAUGUCAAUAUUGGAUACACUUUCGAAUAACGAUUUUGUUACGCUUUUAAGUUACAACAAUCAGACCGAAGAUAUGGUACCAUGUUUCAAAGACAUGCUCAUCCAAGCGACUCCGGAAAACGUCGAUACGUUUAAGAAUUCCAUGAAGGAUAUAAAGACCGAUGGUAUCGCAAAUCUCACCGAAGCAUUUACCAGAGCAUUCAGUUUGCUUAAAACGUAUAGAGAGACACGUGGUUGCAGUGCCGAUACACCUUGCAAUCAAUUGAUCAUGUUAGUUACGGAUGGAGUGCCUGGAAAUUUAUCGGAGGUGUUUCAAACGUGGAACUGGCAAGAUAAUAAUACACACAUACCAGUACGUGUAUUCACUUACCUCUUGGGUAAGGAGGUCACGAAAGUACGCGAAAUCCAAUGGAUGGCCUGCCUUAAUCGUGGUUACUACACCCACGUGCAUACACAAGAAGAAGUACGCGAACAGGUGCUCAAGUAUAUACCCGUUGUCGCUCGACCUUUAGUUCUUCAAGAAGUGAAGCACCCGGUCGUGUGGACGCACACUUAUGCUGACACUACGAAUCCGGCACUUGCCACGUGGCUAUGGAAAGUGAUGGAGCACGAGAAGCAAAAGUCCCGUCUCGAGAAGUACCUCAAGGGAAAACGUCUGGGCGUGCGAAUAAACGAGGAUGCCAUCUACAUAAAGAAGUUACAUAAAGAUGAAGACGUCAGGAGGGAUCCAGCUACUUUGAACACUACGUUCUGGCAAGAAUAUAGAUUGCUCACGUCCGUCAGUACGCCGGUAUUUGAUCGCAAGGGAAAUCGUAACAAUAGAACCAGGAUAGCAAAUUUACUUGGUAUAGCGGGCACCGACGUUCCCAUCGAUGACAUUCGGAAACUAACUUUACCGUACAAGCUCGGCGUCAAUGGUUAUGCAUUUAUUGUAUCGAACAACGGCUAUGUGAUAUUACAUCCUGAUUUAAGACCCGUUCACAAAGGAAGACUUAAAUUAAAUUAUAACAGUGUCGAUCUCACUGAAGUGGAAAUUCUUGAUGAUGGUCGUGGACCAAGGAAUCCUGGACCGGAAAUAUUGGCACUCCGCUCAGCUUUGGUCGAUCAUAAGCGUGGCAAUAUGAAAGAUGUUCCGGUUAAGCUUCACUACGAUGAUUAUCGUCGCGUGACUUUGGAAAGACGUGACUAUUUCUAUGCACCGUUACCUGGUACACCUUUUGGUCUUGCGGUUGCUCUACCUAAUUAUGGUACUACUUGGAUAAAAGUAGGAGAUGAAAUUCGUAGGAAUCAAGAAAAAAGAGUAAAUAAUGCUGAUUUCUUCGUUGGCAAUUCUUGGCGUGUACAUCCUGGCUGGGUCUAUUGUCGCUUUCAUUAUUUAGAAGGGCACGAAUUUGAUACACCAGAAAAUGAAUUGCGUCAUUUUUUAAAUCUAUUAGAUAAACCAGAAUGGCGAUGGUCCGACCAAUACGAAGCUUAUCCUAUAUCUGAUAACGUGUCGCUCGAUGAAGACCCAGAAUGUGGGAGACAAACCUUAUUCCAUGAUGAUUAUUAUUGCAACAAGGAACUCAUGGAAUUAUUGGUAUUCGACGCUAGAGCAACAAACAAUAGCUUUGCCGGUGACUACGUUGUCGAUGAUCCAGGAGUAAGAAAUUUAGCAGCACAAUAUAAAAUUUUCUUAAGAUUUGUCGCAACUCAAAGCGGCCUUACAAGAUGGCAUCAUUUGGUAACUAAGGAAUUACCAGAUGAAGACGAUGGUAUUGAGUUUGGUGAUCUCCAUAGAAGAGCUGUUAAUGAACCAUGGUAUAAGGGUGCCAUUUUUCAAAAUAAUUUGGAUCCUGAUAGUAUAUCCAUAUCAGUUCCUUGGGAAGCGGAUGAAGAUGCUAUAGUUACAGCUUCUAUGGGUAUAUUUCCUACAUACGGUGAAAAAAAAGCACCAGCAGCCGUGAUUGGUUUUCAAAUGCCAAUGGCAGGUUUGUAUGAAAAAUUUGUCGAAUUAACGUCGGAUAAUACGGAGUCGGAAAUGAGGUGCAACCAAACGUGGAUCGAUUGUUACUUGCUGGAUCAGAAUGGAUACAUAAUUAUCUCGGAAGCUUACAAUGACACCGGUCAGUUUAUGGGUACUCAAGAAGGAGCCGUAAUGGAUUCUAUGAUUCAGCAAGGUAUCUUCAAUGCUGUCGAGAUUUAUGACUACCAAGCUUGGUGCGAAGAAUUGUGCACCGAAGGAGCAGCAUACAUUCCAACGGAUCCGUUAACUUAUCUGUGGAAACUAUUGCUCUGGUUUCUGUCGAGAGUGACGUGUUUUACGACCCAGUUCGUAAACUUGCCUCUUACCUACGGUAAAGUUCACCCAGACGAAGAUGCACCGGAUCCUCCACCUCCGGCACGCCCUUAUCUCUAUCACUAUCCGUGCGAUCAAAAGAGAACAUUAUACAUGAUGAAUGAAACUGUAGCUGCCAAAGUAGUUAGAAAUAAUCCUGAACAUUGUUCAAAACCAUACUACGCUCAACGAGUUCCUCAUACAAAUUUAUUAUUUCUCGUUAUCGAUAGUAUGUAUCCAACGUGUUACGAAAGACUCGAAAUAACACCCGUUACUAUUUCACCAUUCGAAUAUACUAAUGGUACAGAAGAUAGACCUUGUCAUAAAAUUCCACUGAAUGAUCUGAAAAGAAGACGACUCGAGGGUUGCUUUACGGAGCAUCCAUUAGAGCACGAAAUCGAAGCUUGUGGUAGAGGAUCGAAAGAAAAUAUUUCUUUAUCUCUUGUAUUCCUUAUUAUAUUUAAGAUGAUAUAUGUAAGUUAAAAUAUCUAAUUGUUCAACAAAAAAACAUUAUCCAAUCAUGCUGCGUUCAUUCUUUCUUAUUCAUCAAUUAUUAUCCGCUUGUACAAUUUUUAUUCACGAUUUUUCCAUUUUAACAAAUCUCGAUCGAAUAAAGAUACUUGAAAAUGUAAUAGAGACUGAUCUCAUUAUAUUCCUGUAUCUUGCAUUCCAUUGCUUUCCUUAACUUGUUUAAUUGUCCUUAAUUGAUUAUUUUUAGAAAAAUAAAAACAAAUACGAGAAGAAAGUUUGAAUUAGAAAAGAGCAACAAGAAAAAAAGAAGAUAUCAUUGAUCGAAGAACAAUCGAAGAACAAUCGAAGAAGAGAAAUAAUAUCAAUUAUCCUCAUUGUCUGUCUGCCAAAUCUCCUCUUUUUCUCCUUCUCGAGCUCAAGGACAUUUGAGAGUUAAAAUGUCUAGAUCGAUCGUGGCAAGAGAAAGGGAGGGGUUCAAUUGGCGAUCACUUUUCUGCGUGAGAUGGCUUUCGACUGGCGACGAUUUGUCGGAUAAAACUCAUUGCAGAAAUAUUUCUCCAGAAAAAUGUCCUAUUUGGCAAUCGUUAUGAUAUCAACCAUCCAAUUCUUAUGACUCUUAA